UUCCAUUUGAUCCCAAUGCCAUGAAGAAAAAACCCUUUGCCAAAGCCUAGCAGUGCUUUAAUUCAAAGAAAAAAGAAAGGUUUCUGUCAUAAUGGGUUGUUUUCUUCAUUGUUUUGGUCCCUCCGAGCGCAGACAGCAGGGGCGCAGGACACACCAUCCCCACCGAAAUGCUUGUGGCAAGCCAGAACAACCCAGAGUCUUUUCUGUUCAGGAUUACUCCAAAACCGUACUUAGCACUGCAUCUCAAGUCCAGGCCAAAUCUGAGGAGAAGCUAAACGUCAGCACCAGAAAGAAAGUAACUUUUGAUUCCAAUGUGACAACGUACGAGCCUGUUUUGUCGGAUGAAGUAGAUGGUUUCCAACAAGAAAAGAGUGAAGAGGGUGGAAAGGACGAACCUUUGGUGAAAAAAUCAAGCCCAUCGAAGUCUCACAGUGAAGAAAGUUCGGUGACUUCAAUGGGAUCUUAUCCAACAAGCCACAGGUACCACAACUGCCAAGAUAGUGAUGGUGAGGAUGGAGAAAUGGAUUAUUGGGAUAGUGAUCUUACAGAUGAGGAUGAUGGUGAUAGUGACAUGGGAGAAGAAUAUGAUGAAGUGGGAGAGGAUUUUGAAGAUGAAAUAGUAUGCUCAAGGUCAAGAAAUGAUGCUAAUCAAGGGGUUGUUGAGGUGGAGAACUCAAUGCCAAUGUGUGAUAAGGAUGCGAAGUCAAUUGGGUUAAACCCCAAUGCUAGAGAUAGGAGUGUGUAUGUUCAUCCUGUGCUGAACCCAGUAGAGAACCUCACUCAAUGGAAAACAGUAAAGGCUAAAAGGGCACCAUCAUUGAUGUCUCACAAGGGGAAUUUCAGUUUGGAUCAAGAGUCUCAAGCUGUGUUUGGUGCACAAUCACCAAAGAAGUUGAACUGGGAAAUCUCUGUUGAUGCUAGUCUUUCAAAUUGGUUGGUUUCAUCAGAAGCUACACCUGUUAACAAGGCUAGUUUAGUGGCUUUGCAUACCCCAGAGAGGAGCAGCUCACAAGGGUCAAAUUCUGUGAUAAGCCAUGAAGAUAGGCCAAUUUUAGGGGCAUUGACGGUUGAAGAGCUCAAACAGUUCUCAGCUUCUUCUUAUUCACCAAGAAAAUCACCAAGUCUUACCAUGGAUGAGAAGCCUAUUAUAGGCAGCGUUGGGACCUGUCGGAAAUUUGGGGGCCAUGCUGAGGAUUCUGGCUCAGCAACUUCCUUCAAAGGAGUGACAAAUCGAGCAAGUUCAAGAGGGGUACACUUGAAGUGA